AUGAGUUCUUACCAGCAGAAGCAGACCUUUACCCCACCACCUCAGCUUCAACAGCAGCAGGUGAAACAACCCAGCCAGCCUCCACCUCAGGAAACAUUUGUUCCCAUAACCAAGGAGCCAUGCCACUCAAAGCUUCCACAACCUGGAAACACAAAGAUUCCAGAGCCAGGCUGCACCAAGUUCCCUGAGCCAGGCUGUACCAAGGUCCCUGAGCCAGGCUGUACCAAGGUCCCUGAGCCAGGCUGUACCAAGGUCCCUGAGCCAGGCAGCAUCAAGGUCCCUGACCAAGGCUGCAUCAAGUUUCCUGAGCCAGGCACCAUCAAAGUCCCUGAGCAAGGAUACAACAAAGUUCCUGCGCCAGGCUACACAAAGGUACCAGAGCCACAUCCUUCAAUGAUCACUCCAGGCCCAGCUCAGCAGAAGACCAAGCAGAAGUAA